AUGAGCAAACUCCCUAAUCCUACAGCACCCACAAAUACUACCUCUGAAACCCCAGAAACGACUACCAGUACUACUACUCAGAAGCCCACUACAAAACCUGACACAACCACUCCACCUCCUACGACCACCACAAACAUACCUACCACUACUACUUCUCAAAGUACUACUGCUCCCUCCAAUACUUCCACAACCACAACAUCCACCACAUCUCCUCCUGUAACUUCAAGUACUGAACCUUCGACUACCAAACAACCUGUUUCAACUGUGAGUCCAGUCCCUCGUCCUACAGCUGAGCCGUCCAAUGUUCGGCGAUUUGAUCAACUUAGCUUUUUUGGUGGCAUUGUGCUGUCUGUGGGAAUUAUGGCUAUUGCCUUUGUGUCAUGGAAGUUCUACAAGGCUCGCUCUGCGAGAAAUUACCAGACCUUAUAAAUUCACCUUCAGUGAUAUGAAGAUAACGCCAACUAAAAGGUUUAAACCGUAACUUGGUAUUGAAAUCAAAAUGUUUGGUAAGCAGUUGGCACAAUCUGCUUAUGGGAUGAAAAGGAAUGCCUUAAGCAAAAAAAAAAUUCAUAAAUUAUUCAUUGUUUGUGAAGUUAUUGUUUUUAUUUUGUGAUGUUAGAAAAUAAACUUGUACAUAUUUUGCUGAUUGCCUCUGCAAAUCGGGGUAGUGUAUGUUCAUCUGUUACUGAUCUGUCCAGUAAUGAAAGGAUGUUACCAAAUUGAUUUGCAUGAAAUGUUUAAUGGAAUCUAAAUGGAAAAAGAGGGAUGGAAAAUAUUUCAGGGGAACUGAAAUGCGAAGUUUCAAAUUUCUCGUUUACCUCCUUUCAUUAGCAAUGAGGAACGGUAUUCCUAAUAUUCUCAAUUUAGAGUUGAAGGUUAGUCAAUGUCAAAUAUGCUGUGAUAAGAAUCUAAGUAGAUGUUUAAUAUGUAUAAAUUAAACGUAAGGCAGGCCAUAGGUUUCAUAAUAAAGGUGACCUUUAGCAAUAUCAUAAAUCAAGGUAAUAUAAAUGUUUUUCUGAUGGAAACUUGAUGUAUGUGCUGCAACUUGAACAGGAGCUAAUGAAUAACAUUCGGAAA